AUGGAGCCUAACGCUCAACUCAAUGGGUGUGCUGUAAGAACGUUCAUGUGGGCGAUGCUGCUACUAGAUGAUCUUGUCGACAAUUGGGAUAGAGUACCUAGAGAAUUCAUCAAGUUCGCAAAGGCUAUUAUUGCUGUCCUGGCCGUUCUGGCUAUCAUCGCUACUGCCUCCGCGCAGUACCUGGGCUACGGCGGCCUCCGCAGCGGCUACGGCGGCUACUACGGCGGCUAUGCUGCCCCCUACGCCUACGGUCGCGGCCUCUACGGCGGCGGCCUCUACGGAGGCUACGGCCGCGGCCUCUACGGCUACUACGGUUGAUUCGCUUCCCCUUCUCGCAAGGUGGAUGCUGCAUCCCGACCAACAUCUGAGGGAUCGGCUUGUUCAAUGAAAGUUUUUUUAAUCUAAAAUAAACUUCUGUAUAUAGUAAA